UGAUUGAUAUUUUAAGGCUGUAUAUAAAAUGGAAAAAUUCUUCUCACUCUCUGCUUGUCGUACUGGGCUGCAUUUGUAUCUUGGGGGCUCGAUGAUUCCUUGCUGUUGUAUUUGCACAUAUUGGGAAUAAAGACAAACUGAAACAAUGCCAGAACCCACUAAAACAGCUGAUAUACCAGUACAAGAAAGUGCACCUCCUCCAGUAGAAACUAACGCUCAGAAAGAAGGGAAACCCGCAGAAAAAGUAGAAACUAACACUCAGAAAGAUGAGAAACCCGCAGAAAAAGUAUGGUCUGCAGGAGAAGAAGGAGAAAAACAAGAUUCACAGAAAUCUGUUUUAUUUGUUGAAAAACCAAAAGGUGGCUCAAUUAGUGUAGGGCAAAAUAUCACAUUCAUAGCGAAAGUAGAAGCUCAGGAUCUUCUUCGGAAACCCACUGUUAAGUGGUUUAAAGGAAAAUGGAUGGACUUGGCAAGCAAAGUUGGAAAGCAUCUUCAGUUAAAAGAAACAUUCGAGCGACAAACCAAGAUGUAUACAUUUGAGAUGCAAAUAAUCAAAGCUAAGGACAAUUAUGCCGGAAAUUAUAGAUGUGAAGUAACAUAUAAGGAUAAAGUUGAUAGCUGUUCUUUUGAUCUGGAAGUUCAUGAAACAGGACCUACGCAGUCAUUAGAUAUCCGGUCUGCAUUCAAAAGAAGUGGUGAAGGACAAGAGGAUGCAGGAGAACUUGACUUUAGUGGUCUCCUGAAACGUAGGGAAUUUAAGCAGGAACCAGAAGAGCCAGAUAUAGACGUGUGGGAACUCCUAAAGAAUGCAAAUCCCAAUGACUAUGAGAAGAUUGCAUUUCAGUAUGGAAUUACUGACUUGAGGGGUAUGCUGAAACGUCUGAAGCGCACUCGGAGGGAAGAGAAGAAGAGUGCAGCCUUUUCUAAGAUUCUGGAUCCUGCUUAUCAAGUGGACAAAGGAGGUAAAGUAAGGUUUGCCGUGGAACUGGCUGAUCCAACAAUUGAACUGAAGUGGUAUAAAAAUGGCCAAGAAAUACGACCAAGUGGAAAAUACAUAUUUGAACACAAAGGUAAUGAGAGAAUCCUAUUUAUCAACAACUGCUCGCUGACAGAUGAUGCCCGUUAUCAUGUCACAGCUGGAGAUGAGAAAUGCUCCACUGAAUUGUUUGUUAGAGAGCCUCCAGUAAUAGUGACAAAAGGCCUGGAAGAUACCAAUGGUUAUAUUGGUGACAGAAUAGAAUUAUCAGUUGAAGUGUCUGAAGAUGACGCAAACGUUAAAUGGUUUAAGAAUGGUGUGGAGUUGCCUCUUGAGAGUAAAUCAAGAUAUAAAGUUAAAAUUGAGGGUAAAAAGCACACUUUGAUUAUUGAAGAAGCAACGAAAGCGGACAAGGCAACAUACUCAGUCAUGACAACUGGAGGACAAUCAGCUGGCAAGCUGAACGUUGGUUUGAGGCCACUGAAGAUAUUGCAUCCACUGGAAGAUCAGACCGUCAGGCUCGGCAAAGAGCUCUCUUUGAAGUGUGAGGUUUCUGAAAAUGUUGAUGGAAAGUGGUACAAAAAUGGGCAGCUGCUCCAGCCCAGCGAUCGCAUCAAAAUAUAUCACAAAGGAAGAAUCCAUCGGUUAAUUAUUGAUAACUCACUUGUGGAGGAUGAUGGUGAAUACAUGUUUGUUCCAGAUGCCUACAAUAUCAACAUCCCUUGUAAAGUUCAUAUUAUAGAUCCUCCUAAGAUUCACCUUGAUGGCCUUGGUGAUAAUAACACAGUAACAGUUGUCGCAGGAACAAAAUUACGUCUUGAAAUCCCUGUUUCUGGGGAGCCUCCACCAAAGGUUAUGUGGAGCAAGGGAGAGAAGUGGAUCAUGGAUUCUGCAUCCAGAAUACGGGCAGAGAAUUAUCCAGACAGUAGUUGUUUGGUGAUUGAUUCAGCUGAAAAAGAUGACUCAGGUCCUUACAGAAUCCUGCUGAAGAAUGAAGCUGGAGAAGACUCCGCCCUCAUCAAUAUAAAAGUAGUUGAUAUUCCUGAUGCCCCAGAGGCACCCAAUGUGAUUGAGAUAGGAGAAGACUGGUGUAUUAUGACCUGGGAACCUCCAGCCUAUGAUGGCGGAUCUCCUCUCUUAGGAUACUAUAUUGAAAGGAAAAAGAAGCAAAGCUCCAGAUGGAUGAGAUUAAAUUUUGAUCUUAUUAAAGAAACAACUUUUGAGCCCAAAAAGAUGAUUGAGGGAGUUGCCUAUGAGGUGCGUGUGUUCGCAGUCAAUGCCAUUGGGACUUCCAAACCAAGCAUGCCGUCAAAACCUUUUGUGCCUCUAGCUGUCACAAGUCCUCCUACUUGUCUGGCAGUGGACUCUGUCACUGAUACUACAGUUACCAUGAAGUGGCGACCACCAGAUCAGAUUGGAGCUGCAGGUUUAGAUGGUUAUGUCAUAGAGUAUUGCUUUGAAGGAAGUUCCUCUGACUCUGGUUCAGAGCAAAAUAUUAGUGAGGACACAGCCGGGGGCCCAGGGCAGAUGGAAGAGAAGACAUCCAAACCCUCGGAAGAAUGGAUUGUGGCCAAUAAAGAUCUAACAGAUAAAACAAAAUUCACCAUCACUGAUCUUCCAACUGGAUCAAAAAUCUUUGUCCGAGUAAAAGCAGUAAAUGCUGCAGGUCCCAGUGAUCCCCGGAUGCAUCCACAACCUAUUUUAGUUAAAGAAGUUAUAGAACCUCCAAAGAUUCGUCUGCCGAGACACUUAAAGCAAACUUAUAUUCGAAGGGUUGGAGAAGCUGUGAAUCUUGUUAUUCCUUUCCACGGAAGGCCAAGACCAAAAGUAUCUUGGAAGAAAAAUGGUACCCAUGUAGACAAGAACCAAAUUAAUAUCCGCAACAGUGAAAAUGAUUCUAUCAUCUUUAUCCGAAAAGCAGAGAGGAGCCAUUCUGGGAAAUAUGACAUGAAGGUCAAAGUAGAUAACCUCGUGGACAAAGCCACAAUAGACAUUCAAAUAGUUGAUCGUCCAGGUCCACCCCAAGCAGUAAAAAUUGCAGAAGUCUGGGGAGAAAAUGUUGCUUUGGAAUGGACACCACCAAAAGAUGAUGGCAAUGCCAACAUUACCGGUUACACAAUUCAAAAAGCAGACAAAAAGAGUAUGGAAUGGUACACCGUCAUUGAACAUUAUCACCGGACCGCUGCUACUAUUACGGAACUUGUAAUGGGAAAUGAGUAUUUCUUCCGCAUUUUCUCUGAAAAUAUGUGCGGCCUCAGUGAGGAUGCCACAAGAACAACAGAAAGUGCUGUGAUUGCUAAGGAUGGUAAAGUGUACAAAAAUCCAGUUUAUGAGGACUUCAAUUUCACUGAACCACCAAUGUUUACUCAGCCUUUAGUUAAUACAUAUGCCAUAUCUGGUUAUAAUACAACUUUGAACUGCAGUGUCCGAGGAAAUCCAAAGCCCAAGAUAACAUGGAUGAAAAAUAAAAUCAUUAUUAUGAAUGACCCACGUUACAGAAUGUUUAGUAACCAGGGUGUUUGUACACUGGAGAUUCGAAAACCCAGCCCCUAUGAUGGUGGCACAUAUACUUGCAAGGCAGUCAACAGUCUUGGUGGGGCUGAAGUUGAAUGCAAAUUGGAAGUCAGAGUUACACAGUAAGGAUUUUUGAAUGUAUGUCAUCUAAGGUGGUCUCUCGUUCUUCCGACUACUACUACAAGGGGUACCUCCACAUAUUGCCCAGUCCUAUAUGAAAGAAAUGGACGCCAGCAAGUAUGGAAAAAAAUAAAUUCUGGCCCCAGUGCUUCUCUGCUUUUGCACCAAAAACUGCUAGCCACUCUGCAGCCUCUCAUUU